UGCUCAUCUACCUUGACAACAUUUUGGUGUAUAGCGGACAUUGGACGAGCACCUCGAUCACCUACGAACCGUGUUGGAGAGGCUUCGUAUGACCAAGUACAAGGCCAACCGCGACAAAUGUGAAUUUGCCCAGCAAGAGCUCGAGUACUUGGGCCAUUUUGUAAUGCCGCAAGGCAUUCGUUCGCUUGAGGACAAGAUCCAGGCCAUCCAAGAUUGGUCGGAGUCGACCAACACCAUGGAGAUUCGUUCUCUCCUGGGAUUGGCAGGCUACUAUCAACGCUUCAUCAAGGGCUACGCACGAGUUGCCGCACCUUUGACACGAUUUCAGUCCCCAAAGGUGCCCUUCGAGUUCACCGAUGAGGUGCGCGCUGCCUUCCAUACGCUUAAGAUGACAAUGCUCAUGACUCCCGUUUUGAGCAUCUACAAUCCCACUUUGCCUACGCAAGUGACUAUGGAUGCGAGCGGCUACGACACUGGGGCAGUUUUGGAGCAGCAUGAUGGUCCUGAUUGGCACCCAGUCGAGUUCUUUAGCCAAAAGAUGACACCCAUCAAUUCGCUUGAUGACGCGAGGAAGAAGGAGUUGCUGGCUUUCGUUACGGUACUUAAGCGAGAUGUUGAGUGUGGGACAAUCAGAGAGAAAGGAGCUGGAGUUAUCUUGAGAUGUUAUGAUUUGGAAAGAGGUGCAGAGGAUGACGACGAAAUCGAAAGAUCACAGGACAUCCGCUUGCUGGCCCUUUCAUGUAUAGCUAUGGUCAUUGGAAAAUUGGAAGGUCACAAGCUGGAGAGGAUGAUGGAUGCCAUGUUGCACAAAUCGUUUGUUCUGGCUCUGCUGGCUCAGCUGUGCAGCUCUGCCAAUCGGAUUGCAGACCUGUCUGGUGCAAUCCUUGACGAAUUAUUGUUCGGCUCCCGGCCAACAGCUGUCUCUGUAUCACCUUUGGUAACCGGACGACAGUUGCCACAAGUGGACUUCAUCAUGCAGGUGCUACCGGAGAUGUUGGAAACACGGGGCUUCAUCUCGCAUGCAGCCACUGGUCUGCUAGCAAAAUGUUUCGCUGUCUCUCCAAGUACAGUGGAGCUCAAUCUCCUGUUCCAAAAGCUGAAGUCGCAGCAGUCAGCUCAAAGGAAGAAUGCACUGGCCAUCAUCCACCACAUCGUGGAAAUAUUUGCCCAUUCAUCGUACAGCACCUCUGAUCUCAGUCGUCAAUUGGCAACGCAUUUGCUCAUCAAUCUUGGCAAUGCCGAAUUGAUCAAUAAAGUGCAGAUCUCCACGUUUUUUGCAAAAUUAGAGCCUGAGUUCAUCUUGCGAGAGUUUGUCCAUUUGUUACACAGUCGAGAUGCAAGAGUAAGGCAGGCAGCAGCCACUGCAAUUCUAGAAUUUCUGAAGAAGCAUCCGGACAAGUCCAGAUCAAUUGUGGUGCUCCUCGACUAUGCAUGGUAAUUUUUGCUCCUUUCGCACGAGUGGACAUUAGAGAGGGUGUUUUGGGCGUGGCUGUGCAUGAGCCAGU